AUGAGGGGUAGUUUUGCUACUGGUUCGAGUAACAGAGAAGAACGAAGACGAAGGGCGAGGUCCUCGUCACCACUGAAGGACCGAUCCAAAACCUCUUCGUCCAAGUUAUCUUCUUCAUCAUCAUCACCGUCCAAACAAAGCACAUCACCCUCUGCCACUCUCCUCGGCGUCGACGAUGACGUCACCUCUCUCUUUCACGAUUAUCCUAACCCUAACCCUCGGAGCUUCCCUCAAAGCGUUAAGCAGAAAUGCUGGGAAAAGGCUGACAAAGUCAAAGGACGAGACCCCGACCGCUGGCGCAGGGACGCUCUUGGUAACACUGUCUUUCGCAAGCUCGUAGGUUGUCCCGGUUGUCUCUGUCAUGACUACGACCACAUUGUUCCUUACUCUAAGGGGGGAGAAAGCACACUGGAAAACUGUCAACUAUUGCAGGCAACAGUUAAUCGUUCAAAGGGUAAUCGAACAGAUAUCUCUAAAGCUGAACUUAUUCAGAAGAGUUCUUAUUGCAGGGUUUCAGAUCGUGAUAUGGAUCUUAUUGAACUGUCUGCCUACGGCAAUGUCCGGCGUGGACCAGAUUCUGGGGGAUGUAGAAUUCAAUGA